AAUAGUCAAAGAAAGAAACUCGAUAAGUCUUCGUCUUCAUCAAUAGUCUACACCUCUCUGAACUUGUCCAAAAAAAAAAAAACUUAGCGUGUUAUUCGUUUGACUCGUGAAUAUCUUCUCUUUUGUGUUCUCAUCACAGUUCCUGAAACGCAUUCUCACUCUCUUCUUUCCCAUCAUCACUAUAUACCGAUUCUCUCUCUACAUAAUUCUUGGUCUAGUCUUCCUUUUGUUCUGUUCCAUGUGCCUUGCCCUUUCCUUUGGGCAAAGUGAUUAUUCCCUGCUAUUUCUGAGUUGACUUGUUCAAUAUCCCAGGGCAUGUAUGUGCACUUGUGAGGAUUCAAGUGCUAUGGAGUGUAUAAAUUUUACGCUACAGCUUCAUUAGUUACCAAUUUUGGUGAAUUAUCUCAAUACCUUGUUCUUGGAUUUUUGGUAAAGAUGGUUGAGGGUAGCCAAGUUUUCAGUUCUCAUGUUAUUGUUAGUUUCUUUCUGCUGGUUUUCUGUGGCAUGGUUUGUGGGACUGAUAGUGAUAUAUCCUGCUUGAGAAGUGUAAAGGCAGCACUUGAGGACCCUUUCAAGUAUUUGCAAUCCUGGGAUUUCAGCAACAGAACAGAAGGGAGUAUAUGCAAGUUCACCGGGGUUGAGUGUUGGCACCCUGAUGAGAACAGGGUCUUGAAUCUGAAACUGUCAAACAUGGGACUCAAGGGUGAGUUUCCACGCGGCAUUAAAAAUUGCUCAAGCAUGACAGGAUUAGAUUUUUCACUUAACAGACUCUCUAACACCAUUCCAGCAGAUAUAUCCACACUUCUUACCUAUGCGACAACCAUUGAUCUAUCCUCAAAUGAUUUUACCGGGGAAAUACCUGCUUCCCUCUCAAACUGUACCUAUCUUAAUACUCUCAGACUUGAUCAAAACCAACUCUCUGGUCAAAUUCCUUCAAAUUUGAGCCAGCUCCCGCGGCUUAAGGCUUUUAGUGUUUCCAAUAAUCUUUUGACAGGGCCGGUUCCAGCCUUUAACGCAAGUGUGGCUGAUGCAGGAAGUUAUGCAAAUAAUUCUGGCCUGUGUGGUGGUCCCUUGGAUGCUUGCCAUGCCAACUCUGCAAAGAGUAACACUGCUGUUAUAGCUGGAGCAGCUGUUGGUGGUGUGACAGUUGCAGCAUUAGGUUUGGGCAUUGGAAUGUUCUUCUACGUGCGUCGUAUUUCUUAUAGGAAGAAGGAAGAGGACCCUGAAGGAAACAAGUGGGCAAGAAGUCUAAAGGGAACCAAAACAAUAAAGGUUUCUAUGUUUGAGAAGGAAAUUUCAAAAAUGAACUUGAAUGAUCUCAUGAAGGCAACUAAUAACUUCAGUAGUAGCAAUAUUAUUGGGUCUGGAAGAUCAGGAACUGUUUACAAAGCUGUCCUUCCUGAUGGCACAUCACUCAUGGUUAAGAGAUUGCAGGAAUCUCAACACUCAGAGAAAGAAUUUAUGUCUGAGAUGGCUAUACUAGGGACUGUCAAACAUCGUAACCUGGUUCCUCUUUUAGGUUUUUGUCUGGCUAAAAGGGAGAGGCUUUUGGUCUAUAAAAAUAUGCCAAAUGGUACCCUCCAUGAUCAACUUCAUCCUGAGGCAGGCGUGUGCACCAUGGAUUGGGCUGUAAGGCUCAAAAUUGCAAUUGGCGCAGCCAAAGGGUUGGCAUGGCUUCAUCAUAGCUGCAAUCCCCGUAUUCUCCAUCGAAACAUAAGCUCUAAGUGCAUCUUGUUGGAUGCUGAUUUUGAGCCCAAAAUUUCUGAUUUUGGUCUUGCUAGAUUGAUGAACCCAAUUGAUACACAUUUGAGUACUUUUGUGAAUGGGGAGUUUGGGGAUUUGGGUUAUGUUGCUCCUGAAUAUACAAAAACUUUGGUGGCUACUCCUAAAGGGGAUAUUUAUAGCUUUGGGACCGUGCUUCUUGAGCUGGUGACAGGUGAAAGACCUACUCAUGUGGCUAAAGCUCCUGAAACUUUCAAGGGAAAUUUGGUUGAAUGGAUUUCACAGCAAUCUAGCAAUGCAAAACUCCAUGCUGUCAUUGAUGAAUCAUUACUUGGGAAUGGAGUAGACCAGGAAGUUUUCCAAUUUCUGAAGGUUGCAUGCAAUUGUGUUUCAGAAAUGCCAAAGGAGAGGCCUACCAUGUUUGAAGUAUACCAGCUUCUAAGAGCCAUUGGCUUGAAUUAUAAUUUCACAGUUGAGGAUGAGAUAAUGCUGCCUGUAGACUCUGGUGACGCUGAGAACUUAGAAGAACUUAUUGUAGCUCGAGAGGGACAUAACUGAAAAGGACGUGGGCCAAUAGGUACAUUCUUGGUCACAUUAUGUUUUGGCCCGUUGAAGCAUGGAUGCGUAGAUACUACAAUGCUUGGAAAUGUAAAGAAUUAAAAGUGUAUGGAAUCAGUUAUUAUUGUGA